AUGAGUUCUAAACCAGCUGCAGGAAACCAAGAUGACUACAAAAUCAAGGACACAAAGCCACAGCUGGGUGAGAGAUGGCCACAUGGAGGAGUAAGGGGAGGAGGAGGGUGGAUAAGCAGUGACAGAGUAACGAGCACUUAUGAUCUUGUGGAGCAGAUGUACUAUCUUUAUGUUCGAGUUGUGAAGGCAAGAGAUCUUCCCAUCAACCCCUUGACAGCAAGCUGUGAUCCCUACGUUGAAGUGAAACUUGGGAAUUAUAAAGGAAAAACACAGCAUUUUGAGAAGAGAACUUACGCAGAGUGGAAGCAAGUAUUUGCUUUCUCAAAAGAAAAGAUACAGUCUACGGUUCUUGAAGUCUAUGUCAAAGACAAAGAUAUGAUAGCUAGAGAUGAUUAUCUGGGGAAGGUGGUGUUUGACAUGAAUGAAGUGCCUACAAGGGUCCCACCGGAUAGUCCGUUAGCACCUCAAUGGUAUAGACUAGAGGACCGAAGGGGAGAAAGAAAGGUUAAAGGCGAGAUCAUGCUUGCAGUUUGGAUGGGAACACAAGCUGACGAGGCUUUUUCUGAAGCUUGGCAUUCUGAUGCCGCUACAGUUCAUGGGGAGGGAGUUUUUAGCGUAAGAUCAAAGGUGUAUGUUUCACCCAAACUUUGGUACCUCAGGGUCAAUGUGAUAGAAGCACAUGAUGUCGAAGCUCAAGACAAGUCUCAACUUCCUCAAGUUUUUGUAAAGGCUCAACUUGGAAAUCAGAUCCUUAAGACCAAGCAGUCUCCAACAAAAACAACCAAUCCACUCUGGAAUGAAGACUUGGUUUUCGUAGCAGCAGAGCCUUUUGAAGAACAGUUGGUACUUACACUUGAAAAUAAAGCGAGUUCAAAAGAGGAGAUUGUGGGCAGAAUUGUUCUGCCGCUCCACGUCUUCGAGAAGAGGUUAGAUCAUCGACCUGUUCUUUCUCGGUGGUUCAACCUUGAACAGUUUGGUUUUGGUUUAAUAGAGGGAGAGCGAAGAAUGGAGCUUAAGUUUUCAACUCGCAUUCAUCUCCGAGCUUGUCUUGAAGGUGGCUAUCAUGUACUAGAUGAAUCUACUAUGUACAUUAGUGACCAGCGGCCCACUGCUCGUCAACUAUGGAAAAAGCCAAUUGGGAUCCUCGAAAUAGGAAUUUUAAGCGCACAGGGACUCCAAGGAAUGAAAACAAAGGAUGGGAAGAAAACCACAGAUGCCUAUUGUGUGGCUAAAUACGGACAAAAGUGGGUGAGAACCAGAACCAUACUCGAGAGCUUCAAUCCAAAAUGGAACGAGCAGUAUACAUGGGAAGUUUACGACCCGUGUACAGUUGUCACUUUGGGAGUGUUUGAUAACUGCCAUUUGGGAGCCGCAGAACAGGCGGGAGGAGGAAAGGAUUCAAGAAUCGGAAAGGUAAGAAUACGAUUAUCAACAUUAGAAACAGAUCGAAUUUACACACAUUCUUAUCCACUUCUUGUUUUACAACCAUCUGGACUAAAGAAGACAGGAGAGCUCCAAUUAGCCUUUCGUUUCACUUGCUUGUCUCUAGCCAACAUGAUCUAUCUUUACAGUCAGCCUUUACUCCCCAAAAUGCAUUACCUGCAUCCUUUAACUAUAAACCAAUUAGAUAGCUUGAGAUAUCAAGCCAUGAACAUCGUCGCAGUGAGGCUAGGCCGAGCUGAGCCUCCACUUCGAAAAGAAGUAGUCGAAUACAUGUUGGAUGUAGACUCUCACAUGUGGAGCAUGAGAAGGAGUAAAGCAAACUUUUUCCGAAUAGUUUCCCUUUUCUCGGGUGUGAUAUCAAUGAGCAAAUGGCUUGGAGAUGUUUGCCACUGGAAAAAUCCCAUCACUUCAAUCCUAGUUCAUGUCCUCUUUUUCAUACUGGUCUGUUUCCCAGAGUUGAUUCUCCCAACCAUCUUUCUCUACAUGUUCCUUAUCGGAAUAUGGAAUUUCAGAUCUCGGCCUCGCCAUCCUCCACAUAUGGACACUAAACUAUCUUGGGCAGAAGCAGUACAACCUGAUGAACUAGAUGAAGAGUUUGAUUCUUUUCCUUCAUCUAAGCCUCAGGAUGUAACAAAAAUGAGGUAUGAUAGGCUUCGUAGUGUCGCAGGAAGAAUCCAAACCGUGGUCGGCGACAUUGCGACACAAGGAGAAAGGUUUCAGGCUCUACUGAGCUGGAGAGAUCCGAGAGCAAGCUGUCUGUUUAUAGUUUUCUGCCUUAUUGUUGCAGUGGCUCUGUAUGUGACACCCUUCAGAAUUGUUAUCUUGGGCACGGGUUUGUUCUUGCUAAGGCACCCAAGGUUCCGAAGCAAGAUGCCUUCAGUGCCCAGUAACUUCUUCAGGAGAUUACCAGCUCGUGCUGAUAGCAUGCUUUGAGAAAGAACUACAGAGAAGUUAUAGAAUGCUUGGUAUAUGUAAUAUCACGAAACUGUUGUCAUUUUGUAAUA